CUGGUGCUUCCUUUAUUUUUCCUUUCCAACCAUAUCUUCUUGUAUCAUGCCUACAGAGUGGAAACCCAAGAGAGACUUUGCGGAAGUGGAAAGAUUGUUAUGUGCGCCGGGAAACCUGCAUGAGGUCGAAACUCGUGUUAUCGAUGGUCUGGUGCAACGCGUUUAUAAGAAUCUAUGGCCAUCUAUUCGCGCGUUCUGGUUGACAGCCGUUCAGCUCCACGGCGAGAAGACAUAUGCCGUGUUUGAGAAGCAACGGUUAACAUUUCGUGAAGUGAACGAACGCGCGGCCAAAGCCGCCAGCAUCUUUCGCGAAAUAUACGGUAUAUCUAAAGGGGACCGAGUUGCUAUAUGCUGUCGUAACUAUCCAGAUUUCCUCGUUGCAUUUUGGGCUUGUCAUCUAAUUGGCGUUGUUUCUGUGUUGGUCAACGCCUGGCUGCCCGCUGAGCCACUGCGCCACUGUCUCGUCCAGACCCAAUGCGCCCUAGUCAUCAUCGAUCCUGAACGAGCGGAUAGACUCGUGUCUUUCGUUCAUGAACUGAAACUGCGGGGUGUGAAAGGUGUUUUAGUCUUGGAAGGUCAUGAAGGCAAAGGGUCGUGGCCUGGUAUGCAAGACUGGUUGACAAUCUUCCAGAACUACAAGGGCAAUUACCAGAACGUCCUCCAACAAGACCCCCAAAUAUUGCCUGAAGACAACGCAACAAUCAUAUUCACCUCCGGAACUAGCGGAUUGCCGAAGGGUGUCCUGAGCACACAACGAGCAUUUUUAUCCAAUCUCCCAAAUAAUCUCGUUGGGCGUAGUCGCGCGUUGUUGCGACGAGGUGAGGAUCUGGUCAUGGCUCCACCCCCCGGUCCACAACCUGGCAUCUUGCUACCGACUCCUCUCUUCCACGUUACUGGUACCUCUCUUACAUUGACGGGCGCUCUGUUAGGCGCCAAAUUGAUUUUGAUGCGUAAAUGGAAUGUUAAUGAAGCGGCUAGGCUAAUCAAGGAAGAAAAUGUUGCAAUAACAGGAGGGGUUCCUUCCACUGUGUCCGAUCUAGCUGAAAGCUCAGCAUAUGGCGCACCUUUGCAAACUAUCCUGUACGGGGGUUCCGCAGUGUCCGUAGCUCUAGCAAAGAGAGCGAGAAAGGCGUUUCCCAUGGCUAUGUUAAGUCAAGCUUACGGCCUGACGGAAAGUAACGCAACCUCCGUUGGUUUCAGCGGAGAAGAUUACGAGCAAAGGCCUGAAAGCUGCGGCCGUGUUCUACCCACCAACGAAAUCAUGAUAAUGAAUGAUGAUAUCCCGUGCCCAACUGGAUCAACAGGUGAAAUUUGGAUAAGAGGACCAAAUGUGAUGAAGGGAUACUUCGGGGAUCCUGUGGCAACAAGCAAGGCACUCACAAAAGACGGUUGGCUCAAAACGGGUGAUGUAGGAUACCUUGAUGAGGAAGGCUUCUUAUAUAUCAAGGACAGACUUAAAGAUAUCAUAAUUCGAGGUGGAGAGAAUGUGGAUUCUGUUGCCGUUGAAAAUGCCUUGUAUGAACAUGAAGGUGUCCUAGAAGCAGCUGCCGUAGGCGUGCCCGACGAUAGACUCGGAGAGCUGGUAACCGCAAUAGUUACCGUCAAGCCUGCUUUCAGAGGUAAAGUCUCCCCAAAUGCCUUGAUGGUAUUGGCGAACAAACGGUCAGGAGUUCUGGGCUUGAACACUCAGCAUGUUGCUAACGUUGUUAUCAGUUUGCCAAAAUUUGCGGUGCCUGUGAUGAUACUGGUCAGAGAGGAUGAUUUUAAAUCGUUAGGUCACACACCUUCUGGAAAGAUAAUCAAAACAGAGCUCCGGAAGAUUGCUGCUGAGGAGUGGUCUAAACGAUCUCACGAGGGGUCAGAGACUAUUAUGCGCAGAGCGAAAUUAUGA